UUGCCUGAUAAAGUCCCUCGUCGAUCCUCUUGUGUGUGUGUUUCGAUAAGUCCCUCAAAAUUCUCUCUUCCGCCGCCGCCACCGCCGCUGCCCUCCGGUCGUUGAUUCCACCCUCCGGUCGCCGAUUCCACCCUCCGGUCGCCGAUUCCACCCUCAUCUGGCACCGUACCAUCACCGAUCAGCUUCCGAAGUCCUCUCGUCGCUUUCCACCUCCAAAUCUAUAGUCGUUUAGAUCAUCACUAGGUAUUGAUAGAGUUCGAGAUGACAAACCAUGAGGUGCGAUGAGAGAUCACAGAAUUUCAGGUCACCUUCUCCAUCCCAAAUCCUUCAAAACUCCCUUUUUCCAAACCCUCGCCCAAACCCUUCAGCAUUUCAUCGAAUCGAACUCCCCUUCCAAAGGCCAAACCCUCCACGCAAAGAUCAUCACCUUCGGCCUCCACCCCAACACCAAUCUAUUCAUCAAGCUCCUCAUCCUACAUCUCCGAUGCCGAUCAUUUCUCCACGCCCGGAAACUUUUCGAUCAAAUGCCAAGGAGAACUCUAUCAGCCUACAACUACAUGAUCGCCGGGUACUUCAAAGAAGGUCGUGUAGAGGAGUCACUGGACCUCAUCCGCAAGCUUUUGGCUUCAAACCAAAAGCCGGACGGGUUCACCUUGUCGAUGGCUCUGAAGCUUUCUACGAGCUUGGGUUUGUGGAAUUUGCCGAGAGAGAUCCAUGCUCAGAUUGUCAGAUUGGGAAUUGGGUCCUCCGACGAGGUUGUCAUUGCUGCUCUCGUUGACUCUUAUGUGAAGAAUGGGAAUCUUCAAUAUGCCCGGAGUGUGUUUGAUUCAAUGCCGGAGCCAGAGAGGAAUUUAAUAUGUUCUACCGCAUUGGUUGUUGGUUAUAUGAAUCAAGGUGAGUUCAACGAAGCUGAGCAUAUUUUUAGGAGUUCGAAGGAGAAGGAUGUGAUUCUGUUCAAUGCAAUGAUUGAAGGGUACAGUAGAGGGCUAGAUACAUGUGUGAAUUCAAUAGAGAUGUACAAGAUGAUGCAACGAUUGAAUUACUUGCCAACGAUUUCUUCCUUUGUGAGUGUUAUCGGAGCUUGCGCACUCUCAUCGGCCUCGGAGGUUGGAGAACAAAUACACGGACAGAUGGCUAAGAUGGAGGCCCUUUCUCAUGUCAAAUGCGGGAGUGCACUUGUUGACAUGUAUUCUAAAUGCGGAAAAGUUGAGGAUGCCAGAAAGAUGUUCGACGAAAUGCCUGAGCAGAAUGUUUUUACCUGGACAUCGAUGAUUGAUGGGUAUGGGAAAAAUGGGAUCCCGAAUCUGGCCCUAACUCUUUUCUACAAAAUGAAGGAUUUCUGUAACGACAGACCGAAUCAUGCCACAUUCUUGAGUGUUCUAUCGGCUUGUGGGCAUGCUGGAUUGGUCUCAAAUGGUCGCCAAAUUUUUGAGAGCAUGGAGAGGGAGUACAAACUUAAACCGAGAAUUGAGCAUUAUGCUUGCAUGGUGGAUCUCUUAGGUCGGAGUGGAAACCUAAGCGAAGCGUACAGAUUCAUUGAACAGAUGCCCAUGAAGCCGAAUUCAGAUGUAUGGACAGCUUUGCUAGGAGCAGCUAGCAUUCACGGAAAUGUUGUGAUGGCAGAUGUUGCUGCGAAAGAAGUUUUUAAAUUGAGUCGAAAUGAAAGGCCAGGAGCUUACGUUGUUUUGUCCAACACUUUUGCGGCUGCAGAGAAAUGGAAAGGUGUAAGUAAAGUAAGGAAGUUGAUGAAAGCAAUGGGUGUCUCGAAAGGCACUGGUCAAAGUUGGGUGGAUAUAAACAAAGGUGCUUGAAAAUUUCUUUUCAGGAAAGAAACUCUUCGGAUACUCUUCAGUGUGAGAAUGAUGUGCUCAUCGCCUUAAACAAUACCAUCUUUCGAAUUGUUUAGACACUUCUCGCAUCUCGAACUUCAUGAACCAAUGCGGUUUAUCUUUUUGAAGUUAUUGCUGAGACGUUCAUGGGAAUCUAUUUGUGAGAUUCAAUAUCAAAGUGAAGCUCAUAGCGAGCCAUGAGUACCACCGCUGAGGAAGGCUCGCGUCUGUUUUUUAGUUCAAAUUCUUCAAGGUUAGUUCGAGCGGAAGAAACGGACAUGAUAUCAACGAUAUUAAUCUCCAUAAAAAAGUGAACAGGAUGCAGAUCGACAGUGCAGACUUUAUGAGAAUGAGAGGAGAAGAACAGCAUUUAUCGUGUCGAAUAUUCGUCUGUAUACUCCGAAUAUUCGAGGGAAAUUAGGUGCAUCGUGUAUGUUUGUUAUGCGGUUUAUCAUUUGCAUUUUUUUUUUUUGUCUGGAAAGUAUAAAACCGGUUGACAGAAUUAUUAGCAUA